AUGGAGAUUAACAAUACCAUUUCUUACAAGUGCAGUUGUAGUUUUGAGGACAGUGAGGGUGAAGCUCACAUUUACAAUAGCAGCAGAAUUGGUAGCAAUACCUUUACAAAGGCCGAGUUGAUGAAUCACGAUGAAAUUAUGUUGGAACCUGGGGCUAAGAUCAGCCAUGGCAAAACUGUUGAUGCAUUGCUUAAGUCCAAGUCAAGUGUCAAGGGCCAUGAGUAUGAUGUCUGUCCUAAUAGUUGCCAAUUGUAUGUCAUUAAUGAUGAUCAGGAAUCUUGUGUUGACUGUGGUGAACCGCGAUACAAGACUGAUACUGAGCAAAAUCAAACACCAGCUGCCAGUAUGAAGUUCAUGUCAGUUGGUGAUAUGUUUUCUCAAAUACUAGCUGAUCCAGCCACAAGAGAACUCCUUCAUUACAGGGCUAACUGGAAAUCUGUAGCUGGUCAGCUCACCAAUAUUUUCGAUGUUGACAAUUACAAGCAGUUGGUGAAGCAAGGCUUGUUCUCAAAUCUCAAUGAUAUUACCAUUGAGCUAUAUACCAAUGUUUCUGUUAACCAAAAAAAGAGCAAGAGUUUGUACAACAUCAUUUAUGCUGUUGUGUUCAACCUUGACCCAUCAAUAAGAUACACAAAUGAAUAUCUCUUGCAGCUGGCAAUCUUGUCUGGUCCUAAAAAGCCUACCCACUUGGACUCUUUCCUGAUGUCAAUCAUCAGUGAAAUAUAA